AUGGAACUCUGCCCCUCCCCACCCUCCAUCGCAGCUGGGGAGGCUCCCAUCGGGCUCCGGAAGAAAAUUUGUCGGCAUGAGAACUCCCCACCGCAGGCGCGGCCAGAGGCGAACCCGCCGCGCUGCCCUCCACCGCCCACGGACGGUAGCCGGGGCCGUGAGGGGGAGGGCGGACACCGCCCCGGGCCCCGGGCCGCCCGCGGGAUCUGUUCCAACGCUUUCUGCAGCCAGAGCAAUAAAAACUCCUGGCGGACCGUGCCGCACCCGGGGCCGUUCCUUCGCGCUGCGCCUCGGGCCGGAGCCGCCGCCGCUCCCCGGCCGUUGGGGGCGCCCCGGGCCGGAGCCGCCGCCGUUCCCCGGCCGUUGGGGGCGCCCCGGGCCGGAGCCGCCACCAUCUUGUCCCCCCUCGACGGGCGGCUGCGGCGGAGGAUGGGCCCCGCCACGGCCCUCCUCCCGCUGCUGCUCCUCCUGUCGGGCUCCCUGCCCGCCGAGGUGACCCCGUGGGCUCCCACCGAGUCGGCCUGCGGUCGGAGGCCGUUCGUGGACAGGUUCUCCGCGUCCCGGAUCGUAGGCGGCCACGACGCCCAGGUGGGAGCCUGGCCCUGGUCCGUCAGCCUCCAGAUCUCCGGAGGGCGCUUCGGUUACUACCACGUUUGCGGUGGGGUUUUAAUUAACGAGAACGCGGUGCUGACUGCUGCCCACUGCACCACCGGAAGGAUGGACCCCUAUUCCUGGAGAGCUGUUUUGGGGGUGCACAACCUUUGGAAACCUGACAAGCAGACAGCCAGAAGAAGGAUCAAAAGCAUCAGGGUGCACCCAGGCUUCGAGAGGCAGCUCUUUGAGCACGACAUUGCCCUCUUUGAGCUGGCUGCUGCCGUCGGCUACAGCCCUUACAUCCAACCCAUCUGCCUGCCCCCUGCUGACCUCCACCCCGGCAGGGACAACGACACCAAAUGCUUCAUCAGCGGCUGGGGACGGACAGCAGAGAAAGGUAAAACUUCAGCUGUGUUGAAAGAGGCCCAGGUGGAAAUCAUCCCCUCCAGUGUCUGCAGUGGUGCUGAGGCUUAUGGAGCUCUGGUGAACAGCAACAUGAUCUGUGCUGGCUCUCCUUCAGGAGGCACUGACACCUGCCAGGGAGACAGUGGAGGACCCCUGGCAUGCUACUACCCCAGUGCAGAGCACUACUACCUGAUGGGCAUCGCCAGCUUCGGAGUGGGCUGCGGCCGGCGCAAGUUCCCCGGCAUCUACGUCCGUGUGUCCCGGUACAGGGCCUGGAUAAAAUCUGAGCUGCAGCUGAGGAGCAAGGCUGAGAGUCCUGUGAGCAAGGCUCUCAGCCCCCUCCUGGCUCUCAGCUGUGUAGCACUCCUGUGGACCUGGUAAAGGGGUGAGCCACCCCCGUGCCACCCCCUGGAGCUGGCUGCUGUUUGGGAAUAAAC